AUGCCUCCACCCCUUCCUGAACCUCAUGUUCAAACCGAUUUUAACCCUCUACCUAAAUCUAUUGAUCCUCAAAUCCAAUCUCAACUUGAACUCCAAGCCAAUCCUGGACCUGAAACAUCUAUCUGUUCAAACGCUAACGAGCGAGCGGCGCCGGCCAACUCUUCCCACGAUUUCACCGCAACUGUUCCUCUGAAAGAGGAGAUUCUUGAUCAUGAAGGGAAAUUGGAGGGCGGGAAGCAGAAAAGGAAACGGACUAGCCCGGAAGACCAGGCAUUCCUGGAAGCCCAAUACAAGGAAAAUCCGAAGCCAAAUAAAGCAGCGCGUGCGGAAAUCGUCAAGAGUGUUAGGUUAAAUGAGAAAGAGGUACAGAUAUGGUUUCAAAAUCGUCGCCAAAUCAAUCGAAGAAAGUCGCGCCCACUUCUCCCACAUGAGAUUGCAGCUUUUGGUCUUGGUAUAAAUCCUCUGUCUUCUGAUCCUGCAUCCGCAGUCAGCUAUAGUAGCAGCCAGGAAACAGAGGAGCAAAACGAGCCUUUUCCGCCACACGAGCCGUUGGACACAGCCGAUAACGAGGAGGAGGCUAUACUUGCACGGGACGUUCAAUCACCGCCGCCACGUGAAACUACUCCAAAGAUUAAACCUACAGAAACAACUGCGGAAAGGGCUGAAGAUUCAAAAAUGGAAAUCAAACCCAAUACUCUUGUCUCAGAGACAUCCACGAAUGAAACUCGCUCUCAAUCUGUUUCAGAAGCCUUGUCCCAAUCCUUUUCCGCCACACCUGGAUAUUUGGCCAAUCGAUGGAAUAACGUGAACCUGUUUUCAACCCCUGUUGCUGCUCAAAGUGUUAUGUUCACAACUCCCGCCAUUUCUCGACCAGUUUUCCCAUCAUCUUGUCCCGAGAGGAUUACAACAGAUACAACCCCUAAAUCUCGUGUGCGUCUCUCAACUGGCCUCGAUGGUAGAGCAGAAUUAGUCGAAGGAGAAAUCACCCCUCCGCGCCCACAUGCUGAACGGCCUGUCUCAUCUUUGUCAAGUGUCAUUCCGCUAAAGCGCAUGCGUAGCUUACAACGUAGCCGCAGUGCUUUGCCUCUCGGAUCUUCAUCUUUCGGUGGCCCUUUUAUGCCUCGUUUACCAAGUGGCCGCUCGCGUGAUGCACGAACUUGGGAAUUCUGCGCUGAAGGAGAACCUCGUGAUGAGCUCACAACUCAGGCUGAAAAUGAGUCCAAUGGUUCAGCGAUUGCGGCUAUCAGUCUUAUCCGCUCGACCAGUGGCGGUGCUUUGAAAUCCAACCCUAGCAAACGAAAUACGCAAUCUCGAUCGAAUCCGCAAGGAAAAAGGCCCAAGAUGGGUCGUGCUUCAUCAAGUGUUGCGAGAAUGCAGAACGGAGUCAAGAAACAGAGACAGCCUACUAAUGAUAAAGAUCCAUCAACGAGAUCUCCAUCAGGGGACUCGGACAAGGAGAAUUGGUUACCAUAUCAAAACGGCGUAAACCCGUGUCGACGACCUGCUCAUAUUAGAAAAGAGAUUGAGAUACAACCGAAAGGAAUCCUCCAAGAAAAUCUCAAAAUCCCUACUCAUGCAGACUUUGGUGUUAAUGGAAAUAAAAGAAGAAAGAGCGCACAUGCUGAAUCUCAGGUUUACGAGGAUACAGAAACUAGAGUAGAGACCCCAAAAGUCCCUGAUGAUGAUGUUACGCGUUUUAUGCGAGGCUCGGCGAGCCCGAGUAAGAAGGAUGAUGUCGACUGUAUACAAGGACUUCUAUCACUGAGCCAAGGGAAUUGGCGGUAA